UAUACUGACCCUUUUAGUUUCACUUUCUUAUUAUAAGAAUUCAUUCAUUCUAUCAUUGAAUCUCUUUUCGUGAAUGCAAUGUUACAAUUGUUAUUGGUUUGUCUAUCUUGGUGGGCUCAUUGUUGACAACAUUUAGAAGUUCGGUAUGCACCUUGAUGUUCUGCGGUAGUGCACACUGUUUAGGACAAACUGUAAUUUCAGCGUCUUGCUUGUGUUCUCACGCAUCUGCUUUCGUAUUACAUUGAAGAUCAGAUAAUCUUUGUGAGGCUCUGCAGCGUCAACUAAAAUUGAAAAUGAGCAACAAGGUAAACUAUCUGCCACCUGCAGAUGCACCCCAAGAAGAGACUAGUCAGCCCUCCCCAGUUGCUGCAACACUUGAAGAUGCGACUAAUGAGGCUACUGAUGAGACUACUAACGACAACACUGUAUUUCACAACCUCUCAAGAGCAGAUGGAAACCAUCCCACAUCCCCCAAGAAUGUUGAACAUGAAAGCAAAACUAAAGAGAAAAAUAGGACUACUGCUCCAGAGAUAACCAACCAGCCCCGCCCAGCUGCAGCACAAACACCUGCAGAUGCUGUUAACGAUGCUGACGAACGUCCUCCAGGUCCCAAAAACUCUGUGAAUACAAGGCAACCUAAACAGGAAACUAAACUUUUCUUUCUGUUGCAGCAGGACUAUCAAACAAGGUCGACGAUGGACAAAUUCUUCACUGUUAUGACUGGGAAUACUCUGGGGUCUCAUAAGGAAUUAAUUAAUCGUCUCGCUGCCAAAAGACACUUAACUGAAGUGACGUCACUAGAGGAGAGUGAUGUCAUCCUGGCAUUCUGUCCCAUUGUCUCUCGUGCUGGGACUGAUGUUGAAGCAGCACUGCAGCAGAUUCCAGCUGGUAAACCAGCCAUUCUGGUAGUGCUGCAUCACACCUUCAACUCAGACUACACUGUACCUGACAGUAGCAGACUAGUGACCAGAGAGGAUGUAAUACUCACAGUGGACUGUCUCUUCCAUGAGAGCAAAGGACUACUGGAGUGUCCUCGCAAUAAAGAAGCAAUUAGAAAGAUUCUGGACAGGCCAGAAAUACAGCCAAAGAACAAAGAUCAGUGGGCCAGACUGAGGAAGAUUCUCUGGAUCUGCGGUGUUAUUGGUGUAGGCUGGGGCAUUUACACUUCUUAUAGAAGGAUUAGAGAAAUAUCCUUAACUUUUUGCAAUAAAACGUUUCCAAUUUAUACAUAAAUCUACGUUAAUUAAACAGCUGUAGGGGGAGUGCCAGUUGUAUUUCACAUCAGAUAUCAAUUUUCCAAUGUGAUAACCUUGAAAAAAAUUAAAGGAACAUAGAGGACCAGCGAA